AUGGUUCUUCCCCUCACAUAUCGGCGACCAGCUCAUGUGUCGCAAGACUCAAUUAGUUCUGAGAAGAGUGGUGGCCAGGAAUCACAAACUUCCAGCUCUUCCUGUCCAUAUGGCAUUCCAGAUGCAUUGUCCUUCGACCGGAUCAUCAGUGGCGGUACCUGCCCACCUGUGACGACUCGAGAAUUUAUGGACUUCCUGGUAUAUAUCGAACACGACGCCGAAAAUCUUCAAUUUUACCUAUGGUAUCGCGAUUACGUGAAGCGAUGGUCUGAGCUACCGGAGCGAGAGCAGAAGCUCGCUCCAGAAUGGACUAUCGAGCAGGCUCAACAAGCCCGAAACGAAAUUUUGUCUGAGAAGGUAGCUGCGAAGAAGGCCGACAAUCACGAGGCUGCCAAAGUCUUUAAAGGUACUGAUUUCGAGAUGAAAGCCAACAAGACUGCUGGUGCACCAAACCCUUUCAGUACUCCUCCACGAACACCGAGCCAUGAGGCAGGACGUGAGAGCAUUGCACCUUCCACUGUUGGCUGGAGUGAAGGUGGAUCUACUUUGGGCAGUAACAUGACUCACCAUGAGAAGAAGACUGCGAAUGCUUUCGAGGAAGUUGGUGCCUAUCAACCAUUCACCGUACAGCCUUAUCGUGAGGAAGUCUCUCGUAUCAUCUCGAUCUAUAUUGCAGAUGGUGGCGUAAGAAGGCUCAAUCUUUCAGCGCAGGAGAGAACGGCUUUGUUAAAGGCACUCUCCAUCACCACACACCCUUCAGCAUUCAGAGAUGUCGUCGCUACAGCUGAAGCAUCUCUUAGACAACAAGCCCAUCCUAAUUUCAUUCGAUGGACCAUCUGCAAUGGUAACCCACCACGACAAACCUUCGCUCGUGGAUUAGGAAUCGGUGGUAUUGUUGCCGGAAUCGUCGUCGGCCUUCUCAUUACUCUCAGUGGCGUCAACCGAGGCUGGCGAGCUCUAGCCUUCUUGGCCUUUUUCAUCGGUAUCGCUACACUUUUUGCAGCCUGGAAAGGCAUGUGUGUCGUGCUACACGGCAUGCAUCACAGACACCUGCGUCCCUGGGAAUUGUUCGCUAGCGAUGAUUCAACUUCUUCUUCCGACUACGAGAGUGGCAAGGGGUCUUUCGACAGCUUGGGUUCUGCAAACAGUUACGAGGAUGAGCCAUGGGUUGCCAAGUAUGACAAACGCAACGUGAUUCGCAAGAUCUUCGACCGUGAAGUUUGGAUUCAAGAACCUGCCCUCCGAUCUAUUCAAGACACUAUUUUCAUUCAGGCUCUGAUCACUGCUUUCAUCACUGGCGGCAUUUUAACAGCAAUUUUCCUAGCCGUACCUGCAGGCAAUUUCUACUAG